AGUUUUGCUUUUCUUGGUUGUCUGUCAAUAGUGUUGUGUCAUCCAUUUUAUCUUUGUGCAUGUUGACUCCUUUUAUUGUAUCGUUUAUUUGAAAGCCGCGAAUUAUAGUUAAAUGGGGUCCUCAAGACGUCGAGAUCGGUCAAGAUCAAGAGAUCGUGAUAGAGAUCGAGACAGACGUGAUAGAAGACGCAGUAGAUCUCGAGAUAGAUACAGAGAUAGAGAGAGGCGAAGGGACCGAAGCAGGAGCCGUGAUCGUGACAGAAGACGCGAAAGGGAUACGAGAUCUCCUUCACCAGAACCAGAUGGAGAUAAAAUGAUUGCAGAUACAUUAGCUACUUUGGCUGCAACGAGAAAUUUUGCAAGUUUAAUCUCCAAGGAAGGUGACGGCAACUCGAACCAUUCUACUGGAAGUACAGAAGAAGAAAGAAGGCGAAAAAAAAGGUCUCGAUGGGGAGGUAGUGAACAUGAAAAAAUAUUCAUUCCUGGGAUGCCCACCAUCCUUCCGCCAAACCUUGAUAAGGAACAGGAACAGGCAUAUUUACUUCAACUCCAGAUCGAAGAAGUGAGUCGAAAGCUGCGUUCAGGUGACCUUGGAAUUCCUGCCAAUCCAGAAGAAAGAUCGCCAUCACCAGAACCUAUUUAUAGCAGCGAUGGCAAGAGGUUGAAUACAAGAGAAUUUCGAACCAGAAAAAAACUUGAAGAAGAUAGACAUGCUCUUGUUCUUAGAAUGCAAGGAAUCAAUCCUGAAUUCAAACCUCCUCUAGAUUAUAAACCUCCAGUUAUUCGAGUCAGUGACAAGGUGAUGAUACCACAAGAAGAACACCCAGAAAUUAAUUUCGUGGGGCUUCUUAUUGGUCCUAGAGGAAACACGUUGAAAACCAUGGAAAAAGAAACAGGAGCAAAAAUUAUUAUACGUGGAAAAGGAUCUGUCAAAGAGGGGAAAGUCGGACGGAAAGAUGGACAGCCAUUGCCUGGUGAAGACGAACCUCUACAUGCAUACAUUACUGCUACUAAUCCAGAAUGUGUUAAAAAAGCUGUAGAACGGAUAAAAGAAGUUAUAAGACAAGGUGUUGAGGUGCCUGAAAAUCAGAAUGAUCUAAGGCGAAUGCAGUUAAGGGAGUUGGCUCAACUAAAUGGAACACUUAGGGAGAAUGAUGGAAUGAGGUGUAAUAAUUGUGGGGCUACUGAUCACAAGUCUUGGCUGUGUCCAGACAAACCUAAUGUUACUAACAGCAUAGUAUGUUCGAGUUGUGGUGCAGCCGGGCAUAUCGCUCGUGAUUGUAGGUCCAAACGACCUGGACUAGGAGGCCCACCACUGCCUGGCGACAAGGCAAAGAUUGAUGAGGAAUAUUUAUCUCUUAUGGCCGAAUUGGGUGAGGCACCUCCUCCUGGACUUGUGCAGCAAACUACUACUACUCAACAACGGAAAACAACAGGUUUCAACAUAUUUGAUGCACAAAUGGCUCCAAGACCACUUAUGGCUCCUCCAAUGGCUGGACCGCCCAUGCCUUUGAUGAACGGAAUGCCACCACCUCCAUGGGCUGGUCCUCCAACUAUGUCUUGGCCUCCAGCACCACCUGGUAUUUUACCACCCCCUCCACCACCAGGAGCUUCUAGUCCUCCACAUGUUAUGCCUCCUUGGGCUAGUCAGCCUCCUCCACCAGGAGCUUCAAACUCAACAACUUUACCGCCUCCUGCAACAAGUAUGCCACCAUGGGCCCCUCCGCCAUUUGCUUGGCCCUCAAAUAGUUGUCCUCCUCCGCCACCGCCAGGAAUUGAUGUUAAUAGUUUAUUGACUUCUCCACCCCCUCCCCCUCCUUCUUGAAGAUGUGGGGUCUAUUAUAGGAGUGGAACAUAGGAAAAUAAAUAUUAUUAUUUAUGUUGUUUUAUAAUAGUAAUAGAAACAAUAGGCAUAAUCUUUGGUGAAUUAUGAAAAUGUAUAUUAUUUGGAAAUAUAACUGCAAAUACAUUCUGGA